CUGGACUAGUGUAAUAUUCUGUCCGAAUCACUUCUUCAAUUUUCACCAAUGCGCAUAGGUGAAAUUUCGGUUGCGCUUUAACCGAAUUCGGAGGGAAAAUAAAAUAACGAUCAUUCUAACCGAAGAAAAUGGCUCAACCCUCGGUGGCCCAGUAUUUUAAUAACAGAAAACGUGCGGCUAUCGAUGAUCACAAGACAGAAUACCCCACAAAAGUUUUACUACUGGACCAGGAUGCAGCGACUCACACACCAAAAAAUGGUCUUCAUGGGACACAAAUAAGCUCCCCAAAUGUAUCCAAAAUCAUAGUGAAGAAGCCAGAAACAAGUAAAAUUGUUAAAAGUACCAAUCUUGAACAACAAAAUGUGUCAAGAAAGGUUAUCAGAGCACCAAAGAAGAAAAUUAAAGCAGGGUCUAAUCAAGACAUUCAGAGUCUUCUGAAUAAUAUGCGAAAUAUUGAAAGAUGUGUAACUCCACCAAAUCCGAGUGAAAAAGACGCAAAAAAGGAAUUGGACGAUAUUAAGAAAAAAAUAUGUAGAAGCUCAAAGUUGAAGGAACUCAAAGCGUCUAUAAGUAGGUUCAAAGAGUCAGCAGAACAGCUGAAGGUUGUUGAAAAGAAAACUGCUGAUUUGUCCAAAUCGCCACAACUGAAGACAUUCAAGUCAAUAGAGUUUGAAGUACUAGUUAGUCCUCAAAAAGUCCAGUCACCUGAGAAGCCAUAUCUAAGCCCUAAAAAGGAACCUAGUGUCCGCCGUAAUCUCCUCAGUGCCUUGAGCCCCAAAAAAAAUCUCUUCACUGCCACUGACACUUCGCCCAAAGAGACCGAAACUCUAUCAACACAAGGCUUGCAAUUACCAUUCAAGUACAAAACCCUCGCUGAACUAUUCCGUUCAAUUGACACGGUUUCCCAAAUAUUAUUCAACCGCAAGGAACUCAUAACAUUCAGAAAAUUGAAACCUGCUGUUGAAGAAAUGAUCAAACGGAAUCUCCUCCAAAAACAUCUCGCUCAAAUCAAAUCGGUGUAUCCAGAGGCUUACAACUUCACCCAAGAAAAAGUCAAAGUCUUUGGAACACGACAAGAACAAUGGGAGUUGGUUUUGACCCCAAAUAUAACAAACUCGGAAGACAUGACUUCGCAGAUUCUCAUUGAUAGAAGAAGAGUUUUCAUUGACACAUUAAUUGACAAAGUCAAAGACUACCAUAACGAGUUUUUGUUAACACUGACGCCACCAAUGAUCAUUUCAAAGGAUAAAAUCACCCGCUGGCAUCCCGAAUUUGAUUUAGAAAAAGUCCCCGAUGUCGAAGUUGCAGCCCUCCCGGAGCCCCCGUUUGAAGAAAAGUUCACUACAGGAAAACAAGUCCUGGAAAAGGCGCGACAAAUGUUUAAUUGCAACACCCGGAUGGAACAAGCCUUGAUGAAGUUGAAAGAAGCCCGCGAGAAGGCCUCAGUAACAAGUGAGGAGUCCUCAGGGCCAGACCAGGUAACCUCUGUGCUGAAAGGCAUCCCGAAGGCGUUACUCGAGAAAGUGCGUCAAAAGCAGGCCGCCAAGGCUCUUGCCUCCAUGACCAGGACUGCAGAUAAGGAAAAGGAGGUGCAACUUUAUUCUAGAUUACCUGAAAUCGCUCGCUUGACUCGUAAUUUAUUUGUUACCGAGAAAAAAAGUGUUUUAGAAUUAGACUUUGUUAUGGAAAAACUGGGUAACAGUUACCGCAGUUUUUUAAAUAAGGCGGAAAUGGAAAACCAUUUAAAAGCAAUCUCAAACGCUGUACCUGGAUGGUUGGUAUUUCAUAGGCUAAGAAGUUCCGUCUUUUUAAAACUAGCCAAAAAUGCUGACUUAAGUCAGGUUUUGAAUAAGUUGGAAAAACUCGCCAAAGAAAAGAAUGAUUCGUAAUUUGUAAUUGCCGAUUUGUGGAGUUUUAUUUA